AUGAUUAUUGAUAUUCAUUUAGAAGUUUUGGACGAAUGUCAGAAAGGGGACCUACAUUCGACGAAGCAGGAUUACUUUGCCAUUCUGGUUGAACAGUUUAUGGGAUCUGACUUUAUAAAGGAGGAAUUUGUUCCUAAGGAUGAUGUUCCAAACGAAGAUGUUCCUAAGGAAGAUAUUUCUAUGGAAUGUAUUCCUAAGGAAAGUGUUCCUAUAGAAGAUGUCCCUAAGGAGCGUGUUCCUAAGGAAGAGGUUCCAAGUUCAGAUUCCGGGUUUAGGGAGGAAGACAUUCUUCAUAAGGAACAGGUUCCUAAGGAAGACUCUGUUCUUAAGGAAGAAGUUGAAAGUUCAGAUUCCGGGUUUAGGGAGGAAAACCUUGUUCGUAAGGAACAGGUUGUAUGUUCAGGGUUCCGGGUUUAG